AAAUUUGAAUUUUGAAGGAAGUAACGCGAGAUGUGCAAAUUCGAAGGACAGAAGUCAGUCACAAGUCGGAAGUACAGAAAAUGAGCAGAGAAGUUGAACGAAAGAUCCUCCGUCAUCUCCAUGAUCCGAUAAACCGAACACGCCUUCUCGAAAUCCAUGCUCAUUUCCUCCGUCAUGGCCUUAACCAAUCCAACCAAGUUCUUUCUCAUUUCGUCUCAGUUUGUAGGUCCAAUGGCAAAAUGCAGUAUGCUGAGCUUGUAUUUCAGCAAGCCCAUUUUCCUGAUCUCCUCCUCUACAAUUCUAUGAUCAAGGGUUAUUCUAUUUCUGGGCCUUUGAAGAAAUCAUUAUCUCUUUUUUCCCAUAUGAAAAAUAAUGGGGUUUUACCUAAUGAAUAUACAUUCGCACCUUUAAUUAAGUCUUGUUGCAAUUUCCGUGAUUCAAGGGUUGGAAAAUGUGUACAUUGUGAGGUUAUAAAACUGGGGUUUCAACGUAUCAAUUCAUUGAGGAUCGGCAUUGUUGAGUUUUACGCGAAUUGUGAGCAUAUGGAGGACGCAUAUACGGUGUUCGAUGAAAUGCGUCACAAAGAUGUCAUAGUUUGGAAUUUGAUGAUUCGUGGCUUUUGUAAAAUGGGAAAUAUUGAUAAGGGUUUGGUCUUGUUCAGGCAAAUGAAGGAACGGAGCAUUGUAUCAUGGAAUUCCAUGAUAUCUUCUUUGUCGAAAUGUGGGAGGGAUAAGGUAGCUUUGGAAUUGUUCAAUGAAAUGCGCAUUGAUGGUUGUUUUCAAUUGGAUGAGGCUACUGUAGUUACUGUCUUACCGGUAUGUGCUCGUUUGGGUGCUUUGGAAAUUGGGUAUUGGUUGCACUCAUAUACUAAAUCUAGUGGACUUUUUCGUGAAUUUGUCACUGUGGGUAACUCGAUUGUGAGUUUUUAUUGCAAAUGUGGAGACUUGGAAACAGCUCACAAAGUUUUCCGUGAAAUGCCUCGAAAAAAUGUAAUUACAUGGAAUACUUUGAUCUCAGGUCUGGGGUUUAAUGGAAAAGGUGAGCUUGGGGUUGAUUUGUUUGAACAGAUGCUGAUUAGAGGUGUAAAGCCUAGUGAUUCAAGCUAUGUAGGUGUUUUAACCUGCUGUGUUCAUGCAGGGUUGUUAGAGAAAGGCCGGUACUUGUUCUCAACGAUGACUGCGAAACACAACAUUCUACCAAAGCUUGAGCAUUAUGGAUGUAUGGUGGACCUACUUGGGCGAAGUGGGUGUGUGAGGGAGGCAUAUGACUUGGUUAAAAACAUGCCUAUAAGGCCAAAUGCUGCUUUGUGGGGUGCUUUACUAAGUGCUUCUCGUUCUUUCGGUGAGGUUCAACUUGCAGAAUAUGCUCUUAAGGAGCUCAUUAAUCUUGAACCAUGGAAUUCUGGUAACUAUGUGUUGUUAUCGAAUAUUUACGCAGAAGAAGGAAAAUGGGAUGAGGUUGAUAAGUUAAGAGUAUUAAUGAAUGAUAGAAGUGUUAGAAAGUCCACUGGGCUUAGCUUGGUUGCGUAGUGAGAAAAGACUUGGUUAGUUUAUCCUAAGAACUGGCACUUGUGGCCAUUUGGGAGAAUGUUGGCUAGAGAUUAAGAAGUGGCUAUCAUGGAGAACAUGUUAUGAAAUCAGUGGACAUAAUGAUAAAUUAUUGAGUUGGCUUGAUCAAUUGAAUUCUUGUUGAUGGUUAGACUUUGCACCUUAGGAGCCAAAAAAAAGAAAAAACUGAUCUUGUGUGUUUAUGGUUCAACACUUGACAUUUCAAUUAUUCUCUCUUGCUGCAGACGUUUCUGAUUUCUAUGGGAUUGAACGAGCCGGGGAGCAGGAUUUUGCUAUGCAGUAUACACAGGUCAAGGCUAAACCAUGGCCCAUGGGUGACUUAUCAAACGAAGAAUAGAAGGCAAAAGGCUUUUGUUGAGGUGACACAAGAAAUGCACAAGGGAAUAAUUACGUAACCGAAUUGAAUGUUGUCAUAACAAAAUAGAAAAAUAUGGGGAAUGAAUCUGUUGGGCCCAAAUACUAAUGUGGCAUUAGUAUUAAGAAAACAAUAUAAAUAUUAGAAAUUUAGAAUGCUUUUGUAAUAUGUUUAUGCUGAAAUUAAUCAAAUGCAAUAGCACCCGGCUGUUUCGGAAUGGCUGAUACUUGAAA